AUGUACCUGUCAUUUGAGAUGGCAACUAGCAAUGGUGUAGAAUCAAGGAUAUUUGAGAACAUAGUGGUUGGAGCUGGAAAACCACCAAUUGGCCAAGUAACUGUAGCAUACAAGUUUGCAAGGGGAUCGUACAAACAAGCAGGAAAUAUUUUUACGCAGGUCAUCGCUUUGGCUCCAGACAAUCGCACAUUUGGAAUAUAUUAUGAUGAUCCUAAGGCGGUCCCAGAAGAUAAACUACGCUACAUUGUAGGAACCAUAAUAUCAGAGGGAGAUCAAAAGAUUGACACCGAAAUUCGCGAGAAAUUUCUGCGCAAUGAUUACAAAGUGACGCAUUUUCCUGAAGUAAGCAAUGCUGUGAAGACGCAGUUCCCAUUUAACACCAUGAUAUCUGUUUUCAUCGCCAUAAGUCGUGUGUAUCCAGCUCUUGGCCAGUACAUUCAGGAAAAUCGUCUUUGUGCCCACCCUAUGCUGGAGAUCUAUGAUUGUAACACCAUUCACUUCAUGGCCCCUCUUGCUAAACAAGAUGAGUUUUAUGUACCUGAAACAGGACAAGGCAAAGAAGCAGAGGGAGAGGAUGAAAGCCAAAGUCAACCUGAAGGGGAAAUCAAGCUUGAGGGUCAACAAGAAGCUGUUAAAGGCCAACCUAUUGCGGAAAAAGUUGAAGCUGUUAUUGCUCCAAAAGACUCAAAAAUAACAGAUGAACCGCAAAUGUGCAAGAAAAAUAUUGAUGAACAGAGUAAAGGUUCAACAUCUGAAAAUGUUAAUAUAAUUCAAGAUCCCGCAGUAACCUCUGAUGGAGAUGGGGUCAAAGGUGAUAUGUCAGAGGUUAAAUGUGAGGGUUCAAUCACACCUGGGUCUACCGCAUCAAGCUCUUCAUUUGAAGAGGUAGACCCCGAAGAACUGAAAAAAGACAUUGAAAAGGUUCAGAAAUCAGAGUAGAAUAUUUAUACUUUGCAUGUACAUGUAGCUUACGAGUAGCAGACUUGUGUAGCUUUAAUUGAUGUACAGGGUGUCCAUUCAUAAAGUCUCUAC